AUGGCGAGUGCGCAAUACGCACUCUCCUCUCUUCUCGCGUCUCAAGCUAACGGACGAACCCCUCGUCGUAUUCCACUUUCUUCGAAGCGGCACAGGAAAAACUAUUUGCGACCCAAAAUUCUGAAAACCGUAACCAAACCCUACCCGCUCCCUCUCCCUCUUCUACCUUCACCUCCGCCGCCAAAUCCUGUCGUCAUCCCGCAAGAAAACAACAACCUCAGUGUUGAGAUUCCCUCCGACGAGACGCUCGCCGCAGUCAUCGCCGGGGAAUCUGAAAAUUUGGGAGAGUUACAGGUUUCUGUGGUUACCGCGAAGGAGAACGGUGUUUUUGAUAACGUUUCCGCAAAAGAUAUCUUCAAAUACGGAGCUAUGUAUUUUCUGGGGUUUUUUGUGUUGCAAACUAUUUACGCCGUUUGGGCUGUAUGGAAUUACAAACUCAGCCAGAAAGAUGAGGAUUUGGUGAUUGAUGGAAGGAGAAAUGGGGAUGGGAAAACUGUGUCAUUACCGGCUAAUGUUGUUUCUGAGGAACAACUUUUAAUGGAGAGGAAAAUCGAGGAAAUUAGGCUAAUGGCGAGGGAAGCACGGCGAAUUGAAUGGGAGAAGAAAGGGGAAGACGAGGAGGAGGCGGCGGCGGAGGAGGAGGAGGAGGAUUUUGAAAUUGAAGAUGAUGAAGGUGCUGUUUCUAGUCAUAGAGUUGAUAUUGAGAAAGAGAUUGGUAAGCGAUUGUCAAACUUGCAGAAUAGGAUAAAUAGAACAAAUGCUAGGGCUAAGGAAAUCUCCGAAGCGUUACAGAUGAAUGCACAUGAGAUUUCUGCUGCCGGAGUGGAUAGGGGUGUCAAUGUGAAUAAGGGAGACGAGGCAUUGGUGUUCAAGAAAAAAAUUAAAUUUAGAAGCCCUUCUACUAAAGCUACAAAAACUCCCAAGGGAUUUCCAGGGACCCGCAAUCGGAAAGCUUCUGAUGCAAAAAAGAGGAAUUCAGCUGGUGAGGAAACAGCUCAAGAUUGCGGAAGUGGUGUUUCGGAUCAAGCACAAAUGUUACAUGAAGAUAAACAAGUCAAACAUCAGGAUGCUGCAACGCAGAAGAGUGUUUCUAGUGUUCCUUUGGAAGAAAGGCCUUCAUUCGUUGAUGACGAGUUCAAAGUGAUUCAAAAUCAUGCGAAGAAUUUGAAAGAGAAGACGGCGACAUCAAAUAUGAAGACAGGCAUUGGAAAUAACACUAGAAGGACUAACAAUGGUAAUGUGUUCAAUUCAUAA